CAUGUUGAAAAAGUGGGAGGUUUUGUCCGCAACUCACACAUCAACUCUGACGCUCAUAGUGAUGAGCCGCCAUGGCAUUCAGCAAGUCGCUGGGGAUUGACCCCAGAGAGGGCUAUGCAGAUCCAAAGUUAGAUCACCUUUAUCAGCCUGCUGCCAUUCCGGUUAUCUCUCGAUCCAACAUUGGGUCGGAGUGCAUUUGGGAAAGACGCGACCGACUGAAUGCAGAAGCCGCAAAGAGGGAAGAGCACCGCCACCAGCGCGCAUCACAGCAAGUCCAAGACGUUUUGGCAGAUCGACUCCACCAAAGGCCCUUGGCAAAGACCAGUCCGUCAUCACGACCAGUACCGCCAUGGAGGAAGGAGCAGGAAGCCGCCGUCGGUUCAGAUGCCAGGCCCAGCUGGGCGCAGCCAAAGCCGACCAUCCGAAUGCCACGAUCAAUGGAGGUCAAGCCUUUUCAGGGUCAGGGCCUUCCUCAGUGGAGCUCAUUUGGUGACUACAGAUCUGUAUCGCAAGCAAGCCCACGAGAGUCAGGAAUGGCAAAAACAGACGUUUGUAAAGAAGAGUCAUCUUCUGGAAGGAUGGACAUCCAGUCAUCAGGAAACAUGCCAGGUGAGGAGUCGGCUUCACCGGAGGUCGAAGACUCCAAUCCGACUUUGGACACCUCCAGACACGAGGUGAGGCAGCUCAUUAGUGGCGAGGUGGAGCUGGAUGCCAUGCCUGAAGAGUUGCGGGCUGAUCGAGAAAUUGUUGCCGCGGCGCUGCACGCUGAUGGGCAUGCGCUACAACACGCCAGCAAUGACUUGAAGUCAGACCGGCCAUUGGUUCUUGCAGCUGUACGGGAGAAUGGCUUGGCUUUGAGCCAUGCUGCAAAGGAGCUUUGUGGAGAUCAGGAUGUCGUGCUGACCGCUGUGAGGCAGAAUGGCCUCGCCCUACAGCAUGCUUCCUCAGAUCUACGUGCCUCUGCGUUUGUCGUGCUCGAAGCCUUAGCCCAAAACUCUCAGUCCGCGCGCUUCGUGGCCCGGGAGUUGCUGGAUGAUCGAUCCUUCGUGAUCUCCGCUGCACCUUUCUCCCGACGCAUUUUCGAGAAAGCUUCGUUCAGACUGAAGCGCAAUUUGGACGUCGUGUUGGAGGUGGUGGAACAUGAUCCUGACAGCUUCAUGUUUGCAGCCUGGGAGCUGCGCUGCGACAAGUUCAGCGUGAAACAGGUGGUGAGCACGGCAGGUUGUGCAAUUGCUCAUGCGUCUCCAGAUUUGCGGCAGGACCCAGAAAUCCUGGCAGUGGUGGUCUCAGUAUUCAGCUGUUGCCAAAGCAUUGAGUGGUCAAUCAGAAUCAGGUGGCGGUUGCCAACGACCCUUUGGCUGUGGCAGCAGCUAAAGUCUGAUGGAUGCUGUACAUAGCAAGAUAGUUUUCGCAGCAAAACCUGCACCAGCAUUAGAGACUGUACGUGUGUGAGCGUCAAAGCUGAGAAAGAGAAAAGAAAAAAUAUAUAUAUAUAUGUAUAUAUGGAAGUCGUUCCAAAACCCGC